GUGACUCCAGCGGAUGCCCCUCACAGCUCUCCAGCGCUCGUGAAAGGGAUACGAGUUUAAUUCCAUCUGGAGAUGUGACCUCGUAAUUUGGCGAAUGCGUUGGACACGAGACAUAUGCUCUGUUGAUACCAUAAUUUUGUUGAUGGAGAGGAUUUCGAAUGACAGCCGGCACAGUGGUCAUCACAGGUGGAAUUUUAGCUGCGGUCAUCUUGCUAACUAUUGUUACAGUUCUAUGUUACUGUAGACUGCAGUAUUACUGCUGUAAAAGAGAGGAGUCGGAGGGGGGAGAGGAGGAGGCUGACUUCACCAAGGCAUCACCAAGUCCACUACGCCAAACAAAUCCACCUGAAAGUCCACUGAGUCUUCAGCAUUUUCCUGAAUACGCAUCCUCCAACCAGCUGCUAAUGACUGCAGAGCCUUUUGAGCCCAAUGGACCAGUCACCUAUCCUCACUACACCCCGCGAAUGCCCUACAGGCCCAACCGCUCUUACACUUUCUGCCCCUCCUGUUCUGGGUAUCUGCCACUGUAUAUGAGCCCUCAGGAGGGGCUGCCUAAUGGAGGAGACAGGAUCAACUACAGGACUGUGCAGCAGGAGUUAGACCUGCCGAUGGAGAUGCCCAGCUUCCACAAAUUCAACCUCAUCAGCUCUGUCACCAUGCAGGAAGUGCUGACUCAUCACAGCAUUAGCACUGAUGUGUAGAACUAUUUUGCACUACAAAGCCAAAACGCAGUAACUACGCCAACUAUGAAAUGGAGAAAAAUGUUUUCUAAGUUUUUUGAUUUUCCAGUCAAAUGUGAAUUAUAAAAUAGUCUCUAAGGGCACUCAGAUCCACACCAAAACAAUCAGUCCGAGACCACCUAGAUGAUUUAAUUUGUAAUCCGUCUCGGACCAAUUGCAAAUGAACCCUGGAACGGUUUGCUUGUGGUGAGAAUGCGAUUCGAUCCAAUGAACCAAACAAUAUCCAGACAAAAACCAUGAACAUACCUGAUGGAUCUUUGGAGAAGACAUCUGUAGGUCAGCACUUCACAGUAAUUCAUCAUCAAAACGCGUAUAUAGCCUUUUGGUGAAUAUAUAAGAUUUAGUUGUAUGUUAA